AUGGCUUUCUCUUUGCCAAUGACUUGUUCUUCUUCCUCCUCUGUUCUCGGCCGUCGGAAAAAAGGGUCGCAACAAUGUCAAGUAUUGUUUGCUCUCGUUGAUUGUGGUGACGUGGAGUGUUGGGAUCUGCGGGACCCUUUGUCCCCGAGAGUUAUCAUGACCUACGAGAAAACACCCCAGAAGCCCAUUGAAAAAUACGAUCCUGAGGAUGUUGAUCAUCCAAAGUACGUGGAGGGCUCGUCCCUCGGUGGUUGGGCUAUUUUUGUUGGCCUCGGCAGCCAUGGAGUUGCAUUGCCAGCGGCCGAGUUCUUAGAGCUGAAGCCCAACUCCAUUUACUUCACGGAUCCAACAGUGUUGACGCGAGUUGAGAAUUGUGUGUGUGGUGGCCAUGACAUUGGUAUCUUCAAUUACGAGGAUAAGAUUGUUUCGCGGUGCUAUUAUCCGAGUGAUGUUAGGAAGAUCUUCCCCGGGGCCUAUGUGGUUCUUCCCUGA